GUUCAAAUAGCGUAAACUAAUAAAAUCUUGAAAACCGAGAAAUUGAAGGAUUAUGAGUUCACUUUGGUUCUGAACUUAUGCGGUGCACCGGGUGGUUUCUGUAAAGUCUUAAUGGAACGCAAGGAAACAGUUCACGUUUUCACAUUGCCAGAGGCGAACGGUGGCUGGCCAAUGCGGAUUGAAGACAGUCCAAAACAGGCAUGGACCAAAAUUUCAGUGAACAUGCAUGGACCAGACUAUGGUGACAUUGUUAAAUUGGCGUCUCUUGCUAAAGAUAAUCAUGUCAAAUGGUAUGAUAAAUACCAGCUUGUGACUAUGGAUGGGUCGUGGCAUGGAAAUGAAGAUUAUGAAGGACACUCCAAUGAAACAGCUCUCCAAAACUAUGAAAUGCUGUUAUCUCAACUGAUUGUCAUGCUGGAUCAUAUCGCGGAAGAUGGUGUUGCAAUUAUUCGAGCGAAAAUGAAAUAUGCUUCCGGAGCUGUUGUGCUGACUCUGCUGUCUAGAAUGUUCGAGUCAGUUGAGCCUGUGAAGCUAGACGAGGAAACGUGUGGAAAUUUGUGGCACUCAAUUUUCUCAUAUGUCAUCUGUCAAAAGUUCAAAAGCCAAUCGAGAGAUGGAAAUCUGAAGAUAAUCAAUGAGUUCCUGGGGGAAAUAAAGGAAGGAAGUACUUUUUUUCUUGAGGAAGUCCCGAAGAUGUCAGAAUUCGAAACGGCCUGCAGACUGCAACUGGAGUUCUUCGAGGAGUGUACGAAACAUUUUGACGAACAGCGCAAACUACUUGAACAGAAAAAGAAAAAACUUCACCCUCAUCAAUUUUCGCAUUAA